GAGACUUUCAGGAGAGCAAGCAGCAGAAUGGAUGCCGUCUCAAAUCCUUGAGAAACCAACGCUUGACUUCUUGUGUUGUGUUGCUGUGUUGUAAUCUUAUUGUUGUUCCGAUUGUGCAAAGAGUUGUCGUAAAAAGAGCGUCGUCAAGAUCGACUACUCCAAUAGCAGACUUGCAUUGGCGAGGAGCUGGUUGUGCGACACACACGGCAAGUCGAUCGUGGCAUCACUUUUCCUUUCUUGGCUCGAUAGAUCAAGCGAGCUCUCCCUUUGAAGCAGUGUGUUCAUUCAUUCGAUUGAUCCACAUCGACCAAGACCAUCACGAUGAACGACAAGUCGAACAAGCGUGCCUCUUUACUGGGCCGAAAGUUCAAGAGUCUACGGGGUUUGGUGUCGAAUACCAAAGACAAGAAGGACACGACGGCAACCUCCAAAGAUGACAAUGCUGCCACUACAACUACUGCUGCGACAGCGUCAGCACCCUUGACGGACCUCCCGUCCAGUUCGACACCCAAGAGCAAGAAGAAGAUCAGGACACGCAGCGGCAGCAAGCGCAAUUUGUCCAUUGACGAUAUGGACAUUGAAGCUCCCAAGCAAAAGGCGCUGCCUCCCAAGAAGCAGCCUUCGCAGCGACAAUUGACUUCCAAAAACACUAGUAAAUCAGCUCCACUGUCUCCCACACCUCCCAAAAAAGAAACGAAAGAAGCUCCUUCUCUGGACAUGAACACUGCAGCGGGGAUGCGACAACGACUGCAAGAAAUUGAAGCCAUGAUUGCUCGUGGCAAGGAAGAAAUGGGACUCUUGCAAGGAGCCGAAGCCGUCAAGAUUCAAGCUGUGGCGCGAGGAUUUCUCGUCCGUACUAGACGACUCCACAACAACCAUAAAAAGAUGACAAGCCCCAAGACAAACAAAAAGACGACGACUACUACUACUGCUACUACUGCCGCUGCUGCCAAGAAGAAACGGGCCAAACGAGUCCGACAGACCAGUAGUGGACCGUCGUCGGCCAAAGACACCACCACUAAGAAACAACAACAACAAGAGGCCAAAGCCAAGGAACAGCUCGAAGCGGAAAUUGCCGAAAUCGAUCGACAAAUUGAAGAGGCCAAACAAGGCAAAGACAAAGCACAAGCGGCGGUCAAGGUACAAGCAAUAGUCCGAGGAAUUUUGGUCCGGCAACGAACACAAUCUGCCGUAAAACGAACCAAAAAAGUAGUGGGCAAACCGAAGAAGGCAGUCGAGAAAACGAAUAGCAAAGAUGCUGCUGACGACAAACCACGCAAUAACAAUACUAAGGCAGCAGCACCACCCAACAACAAUAAACGAAUCAGCAAGACAAAUUCCAAAACCACCACCACCAAUAAUAAUAAGGCCAACCGGGGCAAACGAGGCAUGAAAUCGACAAAGGAUCCAUCCGUGAAGGAUCCAUCCAUGAAAGAAGAUCAGAGCAUGAUUGACGCAUCCAUGCCGGAUCAGAGCAUGCCCUUUCACGAAUUGGAGCUACCAACCACAACAGCUUCCAAAAAUACUAUCAAUAAGGAAUCGGGAAAUCAAUCGUCGGGGUUGGGCGUUGCCGGCAGUUUUCGAUCCACCAGUGUUUCCUAUCUCUCCAAACUCACCGAUGAAGAUGACGAGGAGGAUGAAUAUGAUGGGCUCGAGUUGGGAUCCAUCACCAGUAAUGAAGAUGAGGACGAAGACGAUAAUGAUUUGUUGCUCGCCAAUAGUAGUGUCAUGGCCACGGCACGGCCCAGUCGGACACUCAGUGCCGAUGUCCUCCAUUUUGGCGCACACGACAACAAUCACAACAAAAAGGCAACAAAGAAAAAGAAGAGGUACAAAUCACCCAAACGACAACAAUCCGAAGAAGAUGCCAGUGUCUUGGCCGUAUCGCCUCGUCGCAGUGUCGGAGGAGAUUUGGAUAGUGAAGAAGAUGACGAUGACGAUGAUAGUGGAGCGUCGUAUGCCUACAAGAAGAAAACGAAAAAGAGCAAUAAAAAGAACCAAACGCAAAACGACGAUUUGAGCGUGAGUGUCAUGGCUGUGGCCGAAGUCAGCGAUUCGGAAGAGGACGCGGAUUCGGACUACGAAGAUGAACAGUCGGAUGAUGAUCACAGCGACCUCAGCGACACAGUCAUGGCUGUGGCCCAAGAGUCGGAUGAGGAAUCCGAUGAAGAGGACGACGACGACGAGGAUGAUGACGACGAAGGCUCGGUCACACGAGAAGACGACAUGUCCAUUACAACGUGUGAAACAGAUUUGCCCAGGGAAACCAAUCGUCGGGAUCGCCAGAGAAGAAGGAGACGACGACAAGAGUAUGACGAUAGCGACGACGAUGAAAAUUUUGUCGAGGCAGAGGAUGUCAGUGUCUUGUCCACAGCUUCCAACAAACGACACAAGAAACACCAUGAUCAUCAUCAUCAUCAGCAGCAACAACAAAAGCAGAGCCGCCACCGGUCCAAUUCGCAACAGAAUCAGCAAACACAGCAAAAAAAGACUGCUCUCAUGACACAACCCUAUGCCAACAACCUGCUAGGCCCCGCGUAUGCAUCGGACGAUGAAGACAGCAGUGAAGAAGAGAAAAGCUAUCAAGAUCGAAAGAGGCGUCAACGACGGUCGCGACGAAGUCUCAACAAUGGCAAGAAUAAAGAUCCAUCAGAAGAGGAGUUGGAGCGCAAACUGGCAGAAGUCAACCGAUUGAUAGAAGAGAGUCGCAAGGAAUUGGAACAACUCAAAGCAGAGGAAGCCACCAAGAUUCAGGCGUUCUUUCGAAUGUAUCAGGAUCGACGAGCAAUGGAUUCUUCUGGACGUACCACUGGUCUGCCCAAGAUGAGGCAGGCCCUGUCUCGUACCGGAACCAAGCCGAUGAGUGCAGCGGCAGUAAUCAUCCAGUCAUUGGUCCGUGGGGUGCAAGCUCGGGGUACUUUGGUGGAAAAGCAACGGAAAUCGCGAAAACGAAAUCGCCGCAAACGACGCAAUCGAAGAGGUGACAACCAGCAAAAGAAGGAAGAAGAGGAGGAGGAGCAGCCACAAGAAACUGCCGAAGAAGAAGCCAAACGCAAAAAGAGACAGGAAGAAGAGGAGGAACAGCGACGCAAGGCGGCUUUGGAGGCACAAAAGGCUUCCAAGAUGCAGUCGCUUGUGAGGGGAUUCUUGGUACGAUCCAGAGACUUGUUGAGCCCUGAACGAUUGGCCGCCAUCAGGAUCCAGCGAUUGGUUCGAUGUGCUCUUCGGGUGGUUCAUCUUCGGGAAAAGCUAGUAACAAUUGCCGAAGGCAAAAAGACGCAGCUGGAAGAGGUUGCCGAAGGCAAAAAGUCCAAGAUGGGACAGUUCAAACCGGGCCAGUUUGACAACAUGGACACUCGCGUCAAGAUGGUGAAUUUCUUGAAGAAGCAAAUCGAAAAAGAAAACGAAAAUGCGGACAAGCUUGUUGCCAAGAUCAAAGCCGUCAAGGAAAGUAAUGCUAAAUUGAUCACAGAAAGUUCCUCGAAUGUGUGCAAUGUGACACGGUUGGAGCUGGAUGUUCAAGGUCAGGAAGAACGACGCGGGACUCUCACCAAACUCAAUCAACAGUGGAUCGAUGGGAUCAGUGAUUAUCAAUCACGCGUUGAUAAAGUUAACCGGGACAUUCGAAUGCAGGUCUAUCAAAGGGAAGUGACCAAGAAGUAUUGCGACCGUAUUGUUGAGACUGUGGAAACCAGAUACACGAGCAAAAAGCUCUUGAAAACAAUCAAAUUCCUGGCCGACCACAGCGACGUCGCAUUAGGCGAGAGCAGCCGUCGGGUAGAUGCUGCCGACCAGGCCAGGUAA